GACGGCUAGAACUCUAGCAAAGCAUUACUUGAUUUGUGUUUUAAAAGAAUCAUGUAUCUUUACACUGAAUUUAAGAAUCAUACCUUAGAAACUGUCUGAAAAAAGAUGCACAAUCUAAAAGUUGAGAAUUAUGUUUUAUUGGGCAGACUUUCUGAGAACUUCAAGCCUGGGAGACAGCCUCUCAGAUAGCUAUGAGGGACUGCUCUGAAGAGGUAAGGGAGGAGCCAGGAUAUAUAGGAGUUUUGCAAGAUAGACCAGGUAGUCAGAACAUCAAAAGCUUACGGUUAAUUAAAGAAAACCAGAUAUAUCAGGUUAAUGAAUAUAGCGUUUUCUGUGUAUGGGAAGAUGCAAGGGUCUGGGCUCAUUGAAAUUAUUCCUUUGAUAUAUACCUUUGCUAUCUAGGGCCUGUAUCCUGUGCUUUUCUAUCCUGAGUCCCCUCAGGGUGCACAGUUGGGAGUAGCUGCAGUGGCUGAGGGCUUGGUAGCCAACAGCCUGUUUAUCACCAUCCUGAGUUCCCUUGUGGCUGGAUGGCCACAGCAUCCUUUGCUGGCUUUUGUUCAGAAAGCAAAUGAUGAAAAUCAGUGUACUUACCGGACUCUUGUUAUUGAUAAAGAUAGUUCAAAUGAAGGUACCUACUAUAUGCUGCUUCUUACAAACAAUGGAUUUUUUUGGAUUACAAACCUUCAGCUUGUAAAAAUUCAACAAGCGAUUGAAAAGGUAGACUUCGAUACAGCAAAAAAGUUACAAGGACAAAUCAAGUCCAGUUUUAUUUCUACUGAAAAUUAUCAUACCCUUGGUUGUCUCAAUCUUGUGACUGGUGAUUUAGCAAGCAAAAUCCCUGUGAUAACUGGGGGAACUGGUAAUUGUGCAUUCUCAGCAUGGGAACCAGAUUCCUCUAGGAAAGGGAUGACCAUUAAGAGUGUUAUUGAUGCAGAGAUUAUUGAAGGUGCAAAGAAGUUCCAGCUGAUAGACAAUCUACUUUUUGUUCUUGACACCAACAACGUGCUGAGCUUAUGGGAUAUUUACACCCUAACUCCCAUCUGGAACUGGCCCUCCCUUCAUGUGGAAGGGUUUCUUCUCACCACAGAAGCAGAUUCACCUUCCUCAGUCACGUGGCAAGGGAUUACAAACCUCAAAUUAGUAGCUCUGACAACUACUGCUAAUAAGAAGAUGAAAAACCUCGCAGUCUAUUCAUUACCUAUGAUGGAAAUACUGUAUUCUUUGGAAGUAUCUAGUGUUUCUUCUCUGGUCCAAACAGGAAUUAGCACAGAUACCAUAUACCUUCUGGAAGGAAUUUGCAAAAAUGAUCCAAAACUCUCUGAAGACUCAGUCUCUGUUUUAGUACUCAGAUGUCUUACAGAAGCUUUACCAGAAAACAGAUUGAGUCGGUUACUUCACAAACACAGAUUUGCUGAAGCCGAGAGUUUUGCCCUUCAGUUUGGGCUAGAUGUCGAGCUUGUUUACAAAGUAAAGUCAAAUGAUAUAUUGGAGAAACUAGCUUUGAGUUCUCUGGACACUAGUGAGCAGACCGAAUGGCAGAAACUUGUAGAUGAAGCUAAGGCAAAUCUACAUAAAAUCCAGGAUGAUGAAUUUGUGGUGAAUUACUGCUUGGAGGCUCAGUGGAUAACCUAUGAAACAACCCAGGAAAUGCUAAAUUAUGCCAAAACCAGGCUUUUGAAGAAAGAAGAUAAAACUGUUCUUGUCUAUUCUGAUGGCUUAAAAGAGGUGCUAAGGGCUCAUGCAAAGUUGACUACUUUUUAUGGAGCAUUUGGACGAGAAAAAUUCAGUGGUAGUUCUUGGAUUGAAUUUCUGAGUAAUGAAGAUGACCUUAAGGAUAUUUUUUUACAGCUAAGAGAAGGAAACCUUGUUUGUGCACAGUACCUUUGGCUGAGACAUCAGGCAAACUUUGAAAGCAGAUUUGAUGUGAAAAUGCUUGAGAACUUGCUCAACUCAAUUUCUACACCAGUCUCUUUGGAAAAGCUUUGUCCGUGGCUUAAAAAUGAUGUGAUCCCAUUUGUGAGAAGGGCUGUACCUGAGGGACAGAAAAUUCUUGCAAAAUGGUUGGAGCAAGCAGCCAGGAACCUUGAACUAACUGAUAAGGCAAACUGGCCAGAAAAUGGGCUUCAACUGGCAGAGGUAUUUUUUACAGCAGAAAAACCAGAUGCGUUGGGAUUGGCGUCCUCUUGGUAUUGGAGUUCCUUGGAUUAUCAAAAUAUGGAGGAAGUAUGUCAGUUAAGGACUUUGGUAAAUAACCUGCGAGAGUUAAUCACACUGCAUAGGAAAUACAACUGCAGAUUGACCCUCUCUGAUUUUGAGAAGGAGGAUAAAACUACCAUUGUAUUCCGAAUGUUUGAUAAAGUGCUGGCCCCCGAGCUUAUUCCUUCUGUCUUCAAGAAGUUUAUAAGAGUUUACAUGAGGGAACAUGACUUGCAGGAAGAGGAACUUCUCCUUCUAUAUAUAGAGGAUUUAUUGAAGAGAUGCAGCUCAAAGUUCACCUCACUCUUUGAUACAGCUUGGGAAGCAAAAGCUAUGGCAGUCAUAGGAUGUUUAUCUGACACAGACCUCAUAUUUGAUGCUGUGCUCAAGAUAAUGUAUGCAGCAGUGGUCCCCUGGAGUGCAGCUGUGGAACAGCUGGUGAAACAGCACUUAGAGAUGGACCAUCCCAAAGUCAAGUUGUUACAGGAAAGUUACAAACUAAUGGAAAUGAAAAAACUGCUACGAGGCUAUGGAAUAAGGGAGGUGAAUCUCUUAAACAAGGAAAUAAUGAGAGUGGUCAGAUACAUUCUCAAACAAGAUGUCCCAUCUUCUUUAGAAGAUGCUUUAAAGGUGGCCGAAGCAUAUAUGUUGCCUAAAGAUGAAAUCUACAGUCUCAGGAUUAUUGACUUGAUUGAUAGAGAACAGGGUGAAGACUGUAUCCUUCUGUUGAGAUCUUUGCCUCCUGCUGAAGCUCAGAAAACUGCAGAAAGAGUAAUCAUAUGGGCACAGCUGGCAUUACAGGAAGAACCAGAUGAUUCUAAUGAGGACAAGGCAUGGAGACUGUCUGUAGCGAAGACAUCAGUAGAUCUUCUUAAAAUACUGUGCGACAUUCAGAAAGACAAUCUGCAGAAGAAGGAUGAAUGGGAAGAAAGCUUGAAACAAUUCAAAACUGUUGUGAGCUUACAGGAGAACUUUGAGGUCUUUCUUCCAUUUGAAGAUUACAGCAAUAGUUCGCUGGUAGCAGAGCUCCGGGAACAGCACAUUAAAGCUCACCAAGUCGCACAGACCAAACACAAACCCCGGAGGCCAGUAGAGCCCGCGACUGCCGAGGUGAAGAGGCUGAGCACCGAGUCCAAGCUGCAUCGACAAGCACUAACCCUGCAGGUGUCCAGGCAAGAGCUGGAGGCCGAGCUGACCUUGAGGGCCUUGAAUGAUGGGAACGUGGAAGGGGCGCUGAGAAAAUGCAAAGACUUGUUUAAGUAUCACUGCAGCACCGACACUGGGAAGUUGCUGUUCCUGACGUGUCAGAAGCUUUGUCAGAUGUUGACUAACGGCGUUCCAAUGACAAUCCCCGCAGGACUAAAUCUUCCUUCCGAGAUACAUGAUCUAGCGUGCCAGGCUGCCACCAUCUGCAGUCCAGAUUUUUUGCUAGAUGCCUUAGAACUCUGUAAAUAUACUUUAAUGGCAGUAGAGCUUUCCAGACAGUGCCAAAUGGAUGACUGUGGAAUUCUCAUGAAAACCUCUUUUGGAACUUAUAAAGACCCAUAUGAGGAGUGGUCUUACUGUGACUUCUUCAGUGAAGACGGGAUAGUCCUUGAGUCACAGAUGGUGCUCCCUGUCAUCUAUGAAUUGAUUUCAUCACUUGUGCCUCUAGCUGAAAGCAAGAAAUAUCCCUUGGAUUCUACAAGUUUACCAUACUGCUCCAUCAGUGAAGGAGACAGCCUUAUGUCACCUAUUAUCAAUUCCAUCUCUGCCUUGCUUCAGAACCUUCAGGAAUCUAGCCAAUGGGAGCUGGCCCUAAAAUUUGUAGUUGGUUCAUUUGGUACCUGUCUUCAGCACUCUGUGUCAAACUUCAUGAAUGCCAGCUUGAGUGACAAGCUGUUAGGAGAGGCCACAUUAGUGAAAUCCAGGCAUGUUGUUAUGGAACUGAAAGAGAAAGCUGUUACGUUUAUCAGGAGAAAUGCCACAACACUCUUGUACAAAGUAUUUAAUUGUCGCCUGGUGGAUCUUGACUUGGCGUUGGGCUACUGCACUCUCUUACCACAAAAAGAAGUCUUUGAAAAUCUCUGGAAGCUCAUAGAUAAAGCGUGGCAGAAUUACGACAAAAUAUUGGCAAUAUCUCUGGUGGGCUCUCAGCUAGCCAGUCUCUAUCAGGAAAUAGAAAUGGAGCUUAAGUUCUGUGAACUCAGUACUGAUGCCCAGUGGGGUAUUCGUCUUAGUAAACUUGGUAUUUCUUUCCAGCCAGUUUUCAGGCAACAUUUUCUCACCAAGAAAGACCUCAUCAAAGCUCUUGUGGAGAAUAUAGAUAUGGACACAAGCCUCAUUCUGGAAUAUUGCAGCACAUUUCAGUUGGACUCUGAUGCAGCUCUUCAGCUGUUCAUUGAAACACUCCUCCACAACACUAAUGCCAGCCAGAGCCAGGGAGACGCAAGCACAGAAUCUAUAAAGCAACAGCGUUCCAAACUCCUGGCCAAAGCCGUCGAAAUGGUUCCUUUCCUGACAAGCACAAAAGAUUUGGUCAUCAGUCUUAGUGGAAUUCUGCAUAAGUUGGAUCCCUAUGACUAUGAGAUGAUCGAAGUUGUCCUGAAAGUCAUAGAAAGAGCUGAUGAAAAGAUAACCAACGUUAAUAUUAAUCAGGCAUUGAGUCUUCUGAAACAUUUGAAGUCAUACAGAAGAAUUUCCCCUCCAGUGGACCUAGAAUAUCAGUAUAUGUUGGAGCACAUAAUAACUUUGCCAUCAGCUGCCCAAACUAGACUGCCUUUUCACCUAAUAUUCUUCGGCACAGCACAGAGCUUCUGGAAAAUUCUCUCUACAGAACUCAGUGAAGAAUCCUUCCCAACGUUGCUCUUAAUUUCUAAAUUAAUGAAGUUCUCUUUGGACACCCUAUACGUGUCUACAGCCAAACACGUUUUUGAAAAAAAACUGAAGCCCAAGCUCCUGCAGUUAACACAAGCGAAAUCCUCAACACUGAUUAACAAAGAGAUAACUAAGGUCACUCAAACCAUCGAGUCCUACUUAUUAUCUAUAGUUAACCCGGAGUGGGCUGUCGCCAUUGCCAUCAGUCUGGCCCAGGACGUCCCAGAAGGUUCCUUCAAAAUGUCCAGUUUGAAAUUCUGCCUGUAUUUAGCCGAGAGGUGGCUUCAGAAUAUCCCAUCUCAGGAUGAAACACGUGAAAAAGCUGAAGCUCUGUUGAAGAAGCUUCAUAUUCAGUACCGGCGGUCAUGCACGGAAGCUGUGCUCAUAGCCCACAAGCUGAACACUGCAGAGUAUUUAAGAGUGAUUGGAAAACCAGCACAUCUCAUUGUCAGUCUGUACGAACAUCCCAGCAUAAAUGAAAGAAUUCAGAAUUCAUCUGGCAAAGAUUAUCCUGAUAUUCACGCGGCUGCUAAAGAAAUAGCUGAAGUCAAUGAAAUUAAUUUGGAGAAAGUCUGGGACAUGUUGUUGGAAAAGUGGCUGUGCCCGUCCGCCAAACCUGGUGAAACACCAUCAGAAUUAUUUGAACUUCAAGAAGAUGAAGCACUACGAAGAGUCCUGUAUCUCCUUAUGUCUCGUCCAAUUGAUUAUAGUUCAAGAAUGCUGUUCAUUUUUGCAACAUCAGCUACAACUACUUUAGGUGUGCACCAGCUCACUUUCGCCCACAGAACGCGAGCCCUGCAGUGUCUCCUCUAUUUGGCUGACAAGGAAACUAUAGAAUCUCUCUUCAAAAAACCCAUUGAAGAAGUGAAAUCUUAUUUGAAAUGCAUAACUUUUCUGGCAUCAUUCGAGGCUCUGAAUAUCCCCAUCACGUACGAAUUAUUUUCCAACAGUCCUAAAGAAGGAAUGAUUAAGGGUCUAUGGAAAAACCACAGCCACGAAUCCAUGGCGGUAAGGUUGGUGACUGAGCUUUGUCUAGAAUACAAAAUCUAUGACCUGCAGCUUUGGAAUGGACUCUUGCAAAAGCUUCUUGGCUUCAGUAUGAUUCCUUAUCUAAGGAAGGUUUUAACAGCCAUUUCCAGCAUCUGUUCUUUAUGGCAGGUUCCCUACUUCAGCAGAGCCUGGCAGCGUGUGGUUCAGAUACCACUGCUUUCAGCAUCCUGUCCUUUGAGCCCCAACCAGCUGUCAGAUUGUUGUGAGAGUCUCAUCGCUGUUCUAGAAUGUCCAGUUUCAGAUGAUCUUGACCUGAUCAGAGUGGCCAGGCAGUAUGUCCAGUUAGAGCUUCCUGCUUUUGCAUUAGCCUGUCUAAUGCUCACACCCCACUCGGAAAAAAGGCAGCAGGAAAUAAAGAAUUUUCUGGGCUCCUGUGACCCUCAAAUCAUUUUACAGCAGUUAGAGGAGCAUAUGAACACUGGCCAGCUGGCAGGGUUUUCACAUCAAAUUAGAAGUCUGGUGCUGAAUAAUAUCAUAGAUAAGAAGGAGUUUGGGAUUUUGGCAAAGACAAAAUACUUCCCACUGUUGAAAUCACUUAUUAUGGAUACCAGCAACAUCACUGAAUUAGUGAACUAUUUGGCAAAUGAGUUAAGUUUAAAUGAAGCGUCCAUCUUUGUAACUGAAUAUUACAAGCAUUGUGGGAAACCUGUACCACCAGAUGCCACUCCCGGUGAAAUUCUGAAGGUCUUUCUUAAUGGAUCAUAAUAGAUCAUCAAAGCCUUUUUCAAGAAGAAGAAGAGGAAGUUUGGAAUCUAUUAACUGACCCUAUUUAUUACAGUGUUUAAAUUGUGCAAUCUGCAUGCAAUAGCUAUUGUCAAAUGUCUGCCGAGAAGUAAUAACUAAGAUGCUUAAUAAAAAGAACUGUCUCAUAAAGAACUCAUAUCCCAAAUUAAUAAAUCUUUUGUUUCCCAGUGUCAAGUAUAACUUAUAGAGACUAUCAAUUUUUUGCACUCUGUAUGAAGGAAAGUAUUUUGCUCCCCCCGUAAGAAAAGCAACCACUUAUAUCCUAUUUCUUCUACCUAUAUAGAUGAGAAUAUCAGUCUUUUUAAUGUCAUUCUAGUAAAUAUGUGUUUAAUCUUUGCUGCAGAGCAUAUCCGUCAGUGGCCAGCCAGAAAUACAGAAACCUCUCUAGGUAGUUGAAGCAGAGAAGAAUUGAGGAUCAGAAAUUGGUUACAAAGGUGUCAAGAGGAUUGAAAGACAAAAGGGGGAUGAAGAGGGGGUGCUGGAGGAGCUAAAGGGGAGGGGCUGUUCCCCUAACAUCAGAAGCUGCUUUGGGGACUUCCCUGGUGGUGCAGUGGUUAAGACUCCGCACUCCAAAUGCAGGGGGCCCAGGUUCGAUCUCUGGUCAGGGAACUAGAUCCCAUACACAUGCCACAACUAAAAGUUUGCAUUCCACAGCUAAGAAGCCCUAGAACUGCCACUAGGGAUCCUGUGAGCUGCAACUAAGACGCAGCGGAACCAAAUAAAUAAAUUUUUUUUUCUUUCUUUCUUUCUUUUUUUUUUAAAGCUGUUUGCCUCUGAGUUGGGGGUGCGGCUGUUCCGGAGGCCUAGCCUCCUCCCCUCAUUGCUCCUCAGCUAGCGCUGCCACUGCCAAGCCACCUCCAGAAGGGAAAGGAAGCAGUGUUUUACUUUCUGCAACCUUCUAAUUCUCGUGCCAGUGCCAAGCAAUGACAGGACUGAACACAAGCCAUCUGGCAAGGAGUCUGGGAGACGCAGUCUGCAGGCUGUAAGCCCCCACCCGGCAGCACAGGGCAGGACGGAGGCUGGCCUGGAAGGGCGGUGUGGAGCUGAAAGCCUACAGCCGGGACCCAGCGCACAGAAACGUUAAUCACACCUCUAGCCUGCCUUUGUAUGUAGUCUUUUGCUCUACUUGUGAAUAAACUGAAUUCAAUAAUACUAGAACUCAUUUGCCUUUCUUUUUUCCUGUUGAGAAAAAUAUUGUUUCUCUACAGGAAACUUGGCGUAAUAUGAUUAAAAUCAUGGAUUUUUGGGUAAAAAACAAGUUGGGGUUCAACCUCUGGCUCACACACCUAGCUGUGUGAUCCUGGACAAGUUAUAUAACAUCUCAAAGCCUUAAUCCCCUCAUCUGUAAACCUCCUAGUUGCAGGAGGUGUAGAUGGUCACCCACUUGUUCUCUUCUGGAAAUUUACACCGAUAUUUUUCACAAAGCUUUUUCCAUAUUUGGAGUUAUUUCCUUAAGAUAUGUUCCCAGGAACAGAUUUACCAGAUCAAAGGGAAUUGACUGUGCUGUGUGGCUUGGAGGAUCUUAGUUCCCUGACCAGGGACUGAACCCGUGCCCCCUGCAGUGGAAGCUCAGAGCCCUAAUCACUGCACUGCCAGGGAAGUCCCUAAAGGACAUUUUACAGACUAGGUGCAAGUUGCCAAACUGCAUGCAUUUUGAAAGGUCUUCACAGAAGCCUAUUCCUACUAGAAACAUGAAUGUCUGCUUUACUGUAGGCUUCCCAAUGUUGGGCAGUCUUAUUUUUUAAACUUUUUGCUAAUUUGAUAGGUGAAAAUAGUGUCUCAGUAUUUACAUUUUAUUUCUUUAAUAUCUAUGUGAUUGAACCUUACGAAAACUAACUAUAAGGCUGAGAUCACACAUAAAAGCCUGUGAUUCUAUUCUUGGGCACAAAUGUGCAAGGAAUGAAAGGGUCAAGUGGUGGCACUAGAAGGUAACAAAUGGAAAUGAACCUUCCGCUUCGGGGACUCCAGCUGGGCUAAAAAGGAGUUCUCUCCCAGUCUUAGCACUGCUUUCAUUGUUCACAAUAAAGUUCUAGAUGUUAACUAGAUUUAUUGUGAUCAUUUCAUCACAUAUACAAAUAUUGAAUCAUGUUGUACACCUGAAACUGAUGUUAUAUGUCAAUUAA